AUGGAGAUCGCUACUACUGUUGGAGGAGCACUCCUCUCGGCUUCUGUUCAACAAUUGAUUGAAAGGCUGACCUCUCAUGAACUCAACAUCUUUACUCGACGGGAGAAAAUCCAUGCUGACCUCAAGGACUGGGAGAUUAUGCUGGGCGAAAUCAACUCUUUGCUCGAUGAUGCUGAAGACACGCAAAUGACAAAUUCUUCUGUGAAAAAAUGGCUUGAUGAGUUUCGAGAUCUGACCUAUGACAUUGAGGAUGUGUUGGAUGAGUUCAACACUGAAGCUUUGAAGCGCAAGGUGAUGGAAGAUCCUCAAGCAAGCACAAACAGGCUGCGAAAGUUCAUCCCCACUCGUUUCACUUCUUUUGGGUUCAAUAUUAAGAUGGCAUCCAGGAUAAAAGACAUUACUAAAAGAUUACAUCGUAUUAAUGUGAGACAAGCGCAGACUCUCAAUUUGAGGAGGAUUGCGAAUGGGACGAGAUCCAACCAGCUGAAGGAAAGGCCACCGACAACUUCUUUGGUAGAUGAAUCACAUAUUUACGGAAGAAACGAUGACAAGGAAGCUAUUAUUAAGAUGCUGUUAUGCAAUGAAGAAGGUGGUAACAAUUCCUUUUCUGUGAUCCCUAUCGUGGGGAUCGGAUGGGAGGAAUUGGUAUGGGUAUGUGUAUCUGAAAAUUUUGAUGUUAUUAUGUUAACGAGAACAAUUUUGCGGUAUGUAGCUCCGGAGAUCCGUGAUUUGAGGGAUCUAGAUUUGAAUUCACUUCAAGAAACAUUGAAAGAGAAUUUGUCUCAAAAGAAAUUUCUACUCAUCCUAGAUGAUGUUUGGGAAGAGGAUUACAAUCAAUGGGAUCUACUACGUAGACCUUUUGUUUCUACAGCAUCCAGUAGCAAAAUAAUUGUCACCACUCGUAAGAAUAAUGCUGCACCUAUCACAGGUGAUGUUCAUGUCUACUGUGUGAAGGAGUUGCCAGAUGAUGAUUACUUGUUCUUACUAGCUCGCCAUGCUUUGGCGGCACAAAGUUUUGAUGCACGAUUAGAUCUAAAGGAUAUUGGUCAAGAGUCGGUGAAAAGGUGUGAUGGACUUCCGUUGGCUGGAAAAGUAUUGGGAGGCUUGCGCAAUAAACGAAGCCGUGAAGAGUGGGAAUGUGUAUUGAGAAACAAAUGGUGGAACUCACCAGAAACGAGCAACAAUAUCCAUCCGACUCUAAAAUUGAGCUACAAUGAUCUCCCUUCUCAUUUAAAGCGAUGCUUUGCUUAUUGUGCAUUAUUCCCUAAGGAUUAUGAAUUUGAUAGAGAUGAGUUGUUUUCGCUAUGGAUGGCAGAAGGCUUCUUGCAACAUCCCCGGGGAAGGAAGACAAUGAAGGACUUGGGAAUUGAGUACUUUGAGGAUUUGCGAUGCUUUGUUUAUUGUGCAAUAUUCCCUAAGGAUUAUGAAUUUGAAAGGGAUGAGUUGGUUUCGCUAUGGAUGGCAGAUGGCUUCUUGCAACAUGCCCAGGGUGGGAAGCUAAUGGAGGACUUGGGAAUUGAAUACUUUGAGGACUUGGUAUCAAGAUCAUUCUUUCAGUCGUCGAGCAAUAAAUCAAGAAUAUUCUAUCAAUCAAUAUCAUUCAUUGGACCAACAAAUAGUACGAGAUCAGUAUUUGUGAUGCAUGAUCUCAUAAGUGAUAUUGCUCAAACUAUUGCAGGAGAUAUUUGUUAUAAUUGUGAGGAUAAGACAGAGGUUGAUAUGUCAAGUUCAAAGUAUGAAAAGAGGUUGAUAACAAUUUGGCAAAGAGGUGGUUCUUUUCUUGACCGGGGAUACAACAUGUUGGACGAGUUAUUAACACAAUCAAAAUGCGCAAGGGUGCUCUUUCUUUCAGGAUCUCGAGAAAUAAAGCUAUCGAAUUCAAUUGGAGAUUUGAUACACCUGCGGUACAUCAACUUAUCUAAUACAUUUAUUCAACAGCUUCCAGAGUCCUUGCCAGAUAAAAUUAGUAAUCUGGUGAACUUGCGGCAUCUUGAUAUUUCUAUGACACCUAUGUUACAAAAGUUGCCAUCCGGCAUAGGUAUGAUGACCAAUCUACAGACUUUCUCCAAGUUUAUUGUGAGAGAAGGCCAUGGAACUACAAUUGCUGAACUCAAGAACUUGAAUAAUCUUCGUGGCAGUUUAUCCGUUCAAGGGCUUGAAAAUGUACAAGAUGCAAAGUUAGCAAACAUAAAGGGGAAACAAGGCCUUGAAGAAUUGGAAUUAUAUUGGGUUUAUUGCCUUGGAAGGAAUGGAAGGAAUGACAUGUCGGUGCUUGAAUCACUUGAACCUUAUCAAAACUUGAAGAGGCUUACCAUUUCAUCCUACUGUGGUGCUGAAUUCCCAUUUUGGAUGAGUAAUAUUCCUUUGUACGAUCCAUCACAAACUCUUACCACCACUUGGGCAUCUUUGCUUACUCAAGAGCUAGGCAUAAUUGGAUUGAAGGCGGUGAAAACCAUAGGUGUCGAGUUCUAUGGGAAUGUUGUGCCAUUUCCAUCGCUAGAGAGGUUGGAAAUUGGUCAUAUGUCAGAGUGGAGGGACUGGUCUCAUGGCAAUAUGAGUGGUGAAGGAUUCCCUAAUCCUCAAGAGCUUAGGUUAUAUGAUUGUCCUAAACUGAUUUGGAAUUUUCCAAGUGGAUUGCCAUGUAGUCUAGAAUGCAUUGAAGUUAAAAAUUGUGAUGCUCUCGAGUGUUUCCCGAUGAUAAACACUAGAGAUGGAAGGGAAAGCCUUCUCGAAGAACUAGAAAUUGAAGAUUGCUCCUCUCAAGUACUUCGAAAGGAACUUCAAGUUGCCUACCUCAUUAAGGAGAUUGGAAAUCAGGAAUUAGUCCUUCCCUACAAUGGGCUUCCUCAGCACCAGACUUCAAUACCUCGCAAUCGAAGAAUGCUAAAAUCUGUCGUUGCUGCCCAUUCCAAUGCAAAGCCACUUCCCUUCACUUCGAGGGCUGAUCAUACGGCGUUGUCCUAA